AUGUUUCUUGGAAAAUUAGCGAUCGGAGUCAUUCUUUCAAUUUAUAUUGCAUUGAGAGGUUAUCGGAAGAAGUCUUUGGAUUUAUCGGGAUCUCUCACUGCACUCCUUGUUGGAUUUAUUUCCAUCUGUGGAGGAUUAUCAUGGACACUGAUCUUGUUGUUUUUCUUUGUAACUUGUUCCGCUCUCACAAAAUAUAAAGCAGAUAUUAAAAAGAAAAGAGAAGAUGGAUACAAGGAAGGAGGACAGAGAAAUUUCGAACAAGUGAUUGCGAAUGGAUUCUUUCCAACCUUUAUUUGUCUAUUGUAUCAAAUUGUGAGAGUAUUCCAAUUUGAAAAUUUUGAAGCAAUGUAUUUGCAAUCUCAAAAGACCAAUACUCCUAUGGAGUUUUCAAGAAUUGAGGUGCAUCGAUAUUUGUAUGGAAAUUUCUAUUAUUUCAAUUCUAAAGAUUAUCCGUUAAAGACAUUCUUGCUCGUUUGCUAUCUUUGUUGCUAUAUUGCAAAUACAAGUGAUACAUGGUCAUCAGAGUAUGGAAUUUUGUCCAAGAAAGAACCAAUAUUUAUUUUGAAUUUUAAGCAAACUUUGCAUGGGGUGAAUGGUGGCGUGAGCUCAUCUGGAUAUUUAGCAAGUUUGGUUUGUGGAAUUUCAUAUUCUGUGCUUUGCCUCUUUAUGAUUUGCUUGGACUUCUUUUAUGCUCGAUUUAUUGGAUUUAAUGAAAUUGGAACAAUGCUUGUGGGUGGAAAUGAAACUUCUCAAUUGCCACUUUUAACACAAUUAUUCACCGUAUUGAGUUACCAAUAUCCAAUUGUAAUUUUAUGCAUUUUCUCUGCAUUGUUUGGUACUACUUUGGACAGUGUGUUAGGAGCCAUCUUUGAAUAUUCAGGAUAUGAUGAGGAAAAGAAGAUGGUUGUGAAAAAACCUGGUGGAGCAAAAGUUAAACAUAUUUCUGGAUUUGGCAUUUUGAAUGGAAAUCAAGUGAAUUUUCUUUCUGGAUGCAUUACUAGUCUUGUGUGCGCAACGAUCAGCUUGUGGUUGUUCAAUUUUUAA